UAUAUCCCCUUCCUCUCCCCCUCCGCCUCUCUCAUCCAAUCCCCCUCCGUCCGCUCCGGCGCCAUCGUCCGCAUCUCCGCCUCCCUCCACCUUUCCCCCAACCGCACCCGCAUUAACCUCAUCUGGAACCGCGGCCUCUACGUCCAAGGCUAUUCCCCCACCGUCCACCCCACCACCCCCAUCGAUCUCGCCUCCCGCACCACCAUCGACCUCCUCUCCGCAUCCGCAGACAUCUCAUCUAAGCCCCUUCCAACCUGGUUCCGAUCCGCGCACGGUUCAAUCAACGCAAUAACAUGGGGGUUCUUCAUCCCCGCAGGCGCGAUGGCUGCACGCUACUUGAGGCAAUGGCCGGGCAUUGGAUCAGGAUCGACCUGGUUCUACAUCCACGCGGCAGUUCAGAUCUCGGCGGUGGCUGUCGGAUCGGUGGGAUUUGGGUUUGGGGUUGCGAUGGGGAAUAGGGUUUAUGUUCUGCAUCGGGGAUUAGGGUUUGCAGUGAUGACGGCGGGGGGUUUGCAGGCGGCGGCGAUGUUUUUCCGUCCUGCGACCACGCACAGGUAUCGUAAGUACUGGAAAUCGUAUCAUCAUCUGCUGGGGUACGGGUUGGUGGUGGUGGGAGUAGUGAACGUGUUUCAGGGGAUGGAGAUGAUGGAAUUAGGGCGAUCGUAUGCGAAGCUGGUUUAUUGCUUGGCGGUGGGGACGAUGGGUGGGGCUUGUGUGGCCCUUGAGGCGAAUGGGUGGGUGCUUUUCUGCAGGAAGGCGGAGGAGGAGAAGGUUAGAAGGGAGGAGGGAGGUGAGAGACGGCGGUUUCCGGCUGAUGUUUGCGGCGGGGACGGUGGAGAAUCGGCGAAGGGGUAUAUGGGUGUUUAAGGCUGUGCUUGGCAGCAUAUUAAUGGCGGAUUUAGCUACGGAUUCAGUUUAAAUCACUCUUAAAUCCGACUACCUGAAACUUGCUAUUUACAAAACCGCCACCUUGUUUCAUCCAUUUUUCGAUUUCUUACUCAAAUAUCAAGAUUUAUGGUAAAAACCCAAUAUUUUUUAUUUUUAUCAAAUUCUCAAUAGUUUGAUAGUGGUAGUUCUAAAAUAUC